GAUAUUUUUAUCAACAGUUUCUAUUUUCUUUCUUAAAUAGACCCCCAUAUUUCUCUACAUUACAUCCAUUAAUUUCUUUCAUCUCUCUCACCAACCAACACACUACGUAGAAACCUUCUAAACCACAAAAUGACAGACUCCAUAACUGGUAGUAAUUUCGUAGCAAUAGCAACCUGGUUUGCACCUUCACCCCUUUUCGUCCUUGUAAACCUUGUCAUCGGUACCAUAGCUCUCGUUUCUUGCUUCAAUGCUACUCCCAAAAUCAAAAUCAUCGAACGAGUCAAAUCCAUUAAUACCCCUAACUACUACAACCACCAAGAACAAACAUCUAGUAGUACAAUUACAAAACCCGAGUCCACUCAACCACAACUCGUUGAAACACCAACCUUGUUAAAGCGUGUAGUGUCCUUCAAUCUCUCCCUUCCUAAACUUGCGCCAGUAAAAACACAUUACCUUCAACCGGAAACCGAAAAGUCAUCUGCUGAACUGGAUCAAAAACCGGUUUGUGAUUCGGCUGAUGAGGAGAAGAGGAAGGUGGAACUGAAGAGAUCGGUGAGCGAGAAAGAAUGUUCGAUGACGUUGGACUGGGAGGAGGAAGAGGAUGAAGAAGCGUUGGAGAGAAGGAGACCUGCGACCGCGAUGGCGAGAAGUGAAACGACGACGUGUAAAGAAGAUGAAGGGGUAGAUGCAAAAGCUGAUGAUUUUAUUAACAUGUUUAAGAAGCAAUUGAGGUUGCAGAGGCUUAAUUCUUUUGUCCGGUAUAGAAACACACUUACACUUCCCUCCUUUGAAUAGAGUAGUUGUUCAUGGAUAAGAUGCAAAAUAAUAUUUAUAUAAAGGAAGAGAAAAAGAAAUGAAUAUUUAUAUUGAUGAUUUUAUCAAUAUGUUUGAUUGGGAGACUAGUUUCUGAGAAAUUUUAUAUAGUGUUAUUUAACUAUUGAGAACUAUGAUAUUUUGUUCAAGUAGGCUUUGGUAGAUAUGUUUAGGAAAUUGAUUCACAUGUAACAACUGCAAUAUUGCCUGCGAAACAUGAGCUAAGGUUAGGCUUUUGCAGGUCAAAGUUGUUUUUUUGGACAACAAAUUAAUGAGAUUGGAUAGACAUUACCUUAUAAAUAUUGUUUUUU